AUGUUUGGACCGUAUACGCCGCUUCAACAGCUGGAUCUUCUCGCCGACUACGGAACAAAAUCGUACCUUGUUGGCUCGACCAACUCGCUGCUCUUGCAGCAAAAGGAUCGAUACAGCGAUAUACUAAUAAACCUUGACGAGGAUACGGUGAACAUAUCGUCUCCAUCGCUGCGGGCGGCCCUAGCCCUUUCGGCUGCUGAUCGCCGAUGGAUCGAUUUCCUCACCCAGACAAUAAACGAUACCUGGGAUGAAGCACAUCCUGCACAGCCAAAGACCCACGGAUACAUGGGAUCUGAAGAGUUCAUCCGUCUCCAGUUUGAAGAAUACCUUCUGGCUCUGAUUUCAUGCGUAAAAUACCACGAUGAGAUAAAUUCAGGAGGCGCAAUUAAACAGCCUGCCAAUGACAUCGAGGGCGAUCCUGCGCUGGAUUUUAACCUCGACUUCAUCGAACACUGGCGCCAUACCCCUAACUUCGCGCUCUUUGACAAACUCACUUCUGACGCCCUGCUCUUCUCCGUCGUCGAGCCACGCCACCCGUGUGCGGGCGGGCUCGGGAUUGAGGAUAUCCAACGGCGGCUGGCACAGCAAGUUGCAGAUCUACACCUCGACGAACGAGUGCGCGAAGGUCGCGAAACACUCAACAAACAUCUUGCCACGGGUCAUCAGAAGGUCACCACGGCCUUCAACUCUCUCUGGGCGGAGCUCGAAGCAAGACGCGAGGCUCAAAGGAAACGCAACGAAGAAAGGGCAAAGCAAGCAGCAGCAGCAUCCAUCACUGCGGCGCUGGAUACAAGCCAAGCCAACAACAAUAAUGACAGCAGCAAGCAAGAAGCGGGCCCUGCUUCUCCGCCCCCAGCUUCACCCACCCCAUCGACAUCCGGGUGGUCCUUUGCUGCGCGAAAAGCUCCCGCUGUGGACCUGACGCAGGCCCAAGCCACUGUUUCCGCGGCUGGCCAGCGAGCUUCCGCAUACUUUAGUUCGUGGGGAUCGUGGGCGAACGAGCGUCGCAAGGAGUGGCAGACAAAGAACACGAGUACGGGCGCAAGUCCCGUUUCAUCUCCGACAGCCACCGGAACGCCCAGAGCGUCGAUGACGAGUACCUAUCACGAGAGACGAUCGAUGGAGAGCUCGACGAAAGGUCCUGUUAUGACUGAGAUGAAGGAGAUGCAAGCCAAGGAAGACGUUGAUCGGCCGGGGUCUUCGAGACCCCAGAGCAGCGACCAAUCAACGGAGAAGGACCAUAUAGAUGCUGUGUUGGAGAGUGAUCCUCUAUCUUCGUCUUCUCAUGGAGCAGGCAAGGCUCCUACGACCUCAUCCUCAGGAUAA